AUGGCUACUUACACUGAAUUUCAUCAGCCUGAUAUAGCUUCAGACCGUCAACACUCCCAGAAUCACUGGCAUGGGAAAAAUGGUCUGUUUUUUCGGCACAACAGGUGUCAGGAGGAGCUUGAAAUGUACAAGUCCAAUGGAUUGGUUGCCCAAAGAAGGCCUACUUUGAAGACUAUUACAAAAGAGUUAGAGGUCGUAAGGCAUUGCAAGUGCAGCACCAAGAAACCACCCACCUGUACAUCGCUAAUGCAGCUGGCUGAGAGGAAUUACAAUCCAAGGUACUGCCAAGAGAAGGUUUUAGAUAGGUAUAUUUUCAUUGUGCCUGUCCAAACACGUAAAUCACGUCGGGAAGGUAUUGGCAAGUUUAGAUACGGGGCGUUUUUAACUCAUCCAUAA